AUGACUCCCGCAUCAGAACACGAAGAUGCUGUGGCGAAAGAACCUAAUGCGCCGGCGCAUUCUGCACAACAUAAGCAUCGCCGGACCAUGACGUCGACAGACGAGAUAGACAGCACAAUCAUCCGCCCCGGCAGUGUUAAGAUCAAUGUCAAGGGCGCUUUUAUUGUUGAUCCCGACACAGCGACGCCAGCUUCAACGUCGGGCGUAAGUGCAGGCGGUCCUACUUCUGUCAAUGGCCGGAUGAGCCCGACACAUCCUGAAACGAGCGACAUCCGGCUACCUUAUCACACCGCGAUCGUGAGCCACAUUGCGAUUGACAUCGGCGGUUCGCUUAUAAAACUUGUGUAUUUCUCGCGCGAGGUCGAUUCCACGGAUCCCGGUGGUCGGCUGAACUUUCAGAGUUUCGAGACGGAUCGAAUCGACGACUGUGUGGAGUUUAUGCGACAUCUGCGCGAUAAUCAGCUUGUCAAUGGCUCGCGACCAGGAGAGCUGUGUGUGAUGGCCACAGGUGGUGGCGCAUACAAAUACUAUGACAAGAUCCGGGCGGCAUUGGAAGUGGAUGUGUCGCAGGAGGAUGAGAUGGAAUGUCUCAUAAUUGGCCUCGAUUUCUUUAUUACCGAGAUUCCCCGCGAGGUCUUCACCUACUCCGAAACGGACCCCAUGCACUUCGUCGUGCCGCAAGACAAUAUAUAUCCCUAUCUCCUUGUCAACAUUGGCUCGGGUGUCUCAUUCCUCAAGGUUACCGGACCGCGAUCAUAUCAGCGAGUGGGCGGUACAUCUCUAGGUGGCGGUACUCUGUGGGGUUUGUUGUCUUUACUGACUGGCGCUCGAACAUUCGACGAGAUGCUUGAGCAAGCUGCCCAUGGUGAUAACGCCAAUGUCGAUAUGCUAGUCGGUGAUAUUUAUGGGCAAGACUACGGAAAGAUAGGACUCAAGAGCACAACAAUCGCUUCUUCUUUCGGCAAAGUCUUCCGUAUGAAGAGAGAGGCAGAGUCGGCGGCUGAAGACGGCAGAUCUGCAACACCAGAGGAUGCGUCGUUCAACAGCGCCGAUGUCUCACGAUCUCUUCUCUACGCCAUCUCAAACAAUAUUGGCCAGAUCGCUUAUCUGCAAUCGCAAAUCCACAAUCUAUCCAAUAUCUACUUCGGAGGAUCCUUCAUCAGAGGUCACCGACAAACCAUUAACACGCUGAGUUACGCCAUCAAGUUCUGGAGUAAGGGGGAAAAGCAGGCGUACUUCCUCCGACACGAGGGCUACCUUGGCUCAGUCGGUGCGUUCCUCAAGAGAAAGCCCAAGAACUGGGGGCGCAAGGGGAGUCUUGAGGGCAUGGACGACAUUGCCGAGUUAAGGAAGAGUCUCCGCGAAGGGGCCACCAUCUCUAACACAUCAUAA